GGUCAAUCCCUACGAAUGUUAAGAAAACAUGGAAAUUUGAGAUAACAGUAGUCAUCAGGAUAUGGAGUAAUCUGAAGACAAUUGUUGGCUAAGACUACUUCUCUUCCUCAGCUGAUUCAGGGUCAAGCCACGCCCACCAGAGUCGCACUGAUGCAGGUCUUAUAAAUACUGUGCACGAGGCAAGAGCCAUGCAGUACGACUCACGACAGGCGAAACAGGACAUCAUGAAAUCUCUGGUAAUUUUGGCAGUGCUGGGAGUGUGCUCCGCCUCCACCUGGCAGGCCACCUACGGAGGUUACGGCGUGUACGGCGCCCCUUACCAGAGGAAAUGGACAGGACCUGUGGCAGCCACCGUCCCGGCGGGCGUCGACGGUACCAUCACCCCGGUAUCUGAUACCUACGAGGUAACCGCUGCACGCAAUGCCUUCUUCCAGGCAUACAACGCCCAACUGGCUGCCGUGGGCGCGUACCGUUACGGUACUCCCGUUUACCAUCAUGCCACGCCGGCGGUGCACGUCAGCGUAGCAGCGCCCGCCACCCACCACUCCGCUCUCACCUACGGCGCCGCACCAGCUCCAGUUGGUGACACGGCCGCCGUGGCCGCCGCCAAGGCUGAUUUCUUCCGCCUGUACAAUCUACAGGCAGCUGCAGCAGCCGCGGCUCCAGAUCAUGAUGCCCCUCGCUAUUAUUAUUAAAAAGCACUUGAAACUAGCAAUACUCUUUGCAAAUUUACAAAAAAAUAAAUCUAUAUCUCUA